AUGGACGGAACGACGAGGCGCGUGGGCUGUUGCUGUCUUCUCCUUCUGGCUCUCGUUGGAUUUACCCGAAGCGAAGGCGUGCAGAGCUGCGAAGAAGUUCGGAAACUUUUCCAGUGGCGCCUCGUGGGAGCGGCCAAGGGGCUGCCGGAUUCGCCGAGGCCAGGACCUGACCUUCAGGUGUGCACGUCCAGAAAACCUACUUGUUGCACCAGGAAGAUGGAGGAGAGAUAUCAAAUCGCAGCUCGCCAAGACAUGCAGCAGGCGCUUCAAGCCUCUAGCUCGAUGUUAAAGUUUCUAAUCUCUCGAAAUGCAGCUGCUCUUCAAGAAACCCUUGAAACUCUCAUCAGACAAGCAGAAAAUUACACCAGUAUACUUUUUUGCAACACGUACAGGAACAUGGCCUUAGAGGCUGCUGCUUCAGUUCAAGAGUUCUUCACUGAUGUAGGGCUCUAUUUAUUUGGGGCAGAUGUUAGUCCCGAAGAGUUUGUGAACAGAUUCUUUGACAGUCUUUUCCCUCUAGUCUACAAUCAUCUCAUUAACCCUGGCGUGACUGACAGUUCCCUGGAAUACUCGGAAUGCAUCCGGACGGCUCGCCGGGACGUUAGUCCGUUUGGUAAUAUCCCCCAAAGAGUGAUGGCGCAGAUGGGGAGGUCGCUGCUGCCCAGCCGCACAUUUCUGCAGGCCCUGAAUCUGGGCAUUGAAGUCAUCAAUACCACAGACCACCUGCACUUCUCCAAAGAGUGCGGCAGAGGCCUCCUGAGGAUGCAGUACUGCCCGCACUGCCAGGGCCUGAUGCUCAGCAAGCCUUGUAUGGGGUACUGCCUCAACGUCGUGAGGGGCUGCUUGGCGCACAUGGCCGAGCUUGAUCCACACUGGCAUGCGUACAUCCGCUCGUUGGAAGAGCUUUCAGAUGCCAUGCGUGGAACAUAUGACAUUGAACACGUGCUCCUGAACUUCCACUUGCUUGUGAAUGAUGCUGUGCUGCAGGCACACCUGGAUGGACAAAAAUUAUCGGAACAGGUAAAUAAGAUAUGCGGCCAUCCAAUCAGAACACCCACUCAAAGCCCCCCUUGUUCUUUUGAUGGAAGCAAAGAGAAGCUUGGAAUGAAGAUCUCCACAAGAAAUGGCGAAGAGACACUUGCCAACAGAAGAAAAGAAUUCAUCGACAGCCUCCGCCUGCAUAAGACGUUUUACGGGGGCCUGGCCGAUCAGCUGUGUGUUAACGACUUAGCCGCGGCAGACGGGCUGCCCUGCUGGAAUGGAGAAGACGUAGUGAACAGUUAUACUCAGCGUGUGGUUGGAAAUGGAAUCAAAGCCCAAUCUGGCAAUCCCGAAGUCAAAGUCAAAGGCCCGGAUCCUGUGAUAAAUCAGAUCAUCGAUAAACUGAAGCACGUUAUUCAGUUGUUACAGGGCAGGUCACGCAAACCCGAGAAGGGGGAGCUCCCCGCGGGCAGCGGCGGCGGCGCGGCCGAGCCGGCCAGCGGAGACUGCGACGACGAAGACGGCUGCGGGGGCUCGGGAAGCGGAGAGGUCAAGAGGACCCUGAAGACCGCAGACUGGAUGCCAGAUGAGAUGAACCUCAGUGACGUAAAGCAAAUCCAUCAAACAGACGGUGGAAACACCUUAGAUACAGCAGGAGCAGGAUGUACAGCGGCAACUGACUCAAUGACAUUUCCUCUGAUGGGUGUGGUGAUGUUGCUCCCUGGGCUUUGGUAG